UUACUGAGGGGAAACCUACCUCUCGCCAUAUUUUCGACUCAUGUUAUUUAUUGGUCUUCUUGUCAGACAGAGAGGCAGACGAGAAAACGUGGACGGGUGUUGCUUUAAUCUACAUUAUCUGCCCAAUGUUUAAUCUAACCGUGUUGACAGUUAGUUGGCGUUGAUUAAUACUAAUAUACGAAACAUAAUAUAGCUAUAAAAUGACGGAACGGUCCACGUUGUUACUACGUAAACAACUAGGAGAGCUCAACAAGAACCCAGUGCAAGGCUUCUCAGCCGGUCUCGUAGAUGAUGAUGACAUCUAUCAGUGGGAAGUGGUCGUCAUUGGACCUCAAGACACAAUAUUUGAAGGAGGUUUCUUCAAAGCCACCUUAACUUUCCCCCGUGACUAUCCUCUGAGGCCUCCCAAGAUGAAGUUCGUCACAGAAAUCUGGCAUCCAAAUGUGGCAAAAAAUGGCGACGUCUGCAUCUCCAUCCUGCACGAACCCGGCGAGGACAAGUACGGCUACGAGAAGCCCGAGGAGCGCUGGCUGCCGAUCCAUACGGUGGAGACCAUCAUGAUCAGUGUGAUCUCCAUGUUGGCAGACCCCAAUGGAGACUCUCCUGCCAACGUGGAUGCAGCUAAAGAGUGGCGGGACGAUCCUAAAGGAGUUUUCAAGAAAAAGGUGGCGCGCUGUGUGCGGAGGAGUCAAGAGAUGGCUUAUGACUGAGGCCUUAACUCCAGCCAUCAAACCCGAUUGGAACUGCACAGGGGGAUUUCACAACUGGUUGCACUUAAAGUCGGCUAGAUGACCACGGGGGCACAUCUUUUGUCAACAUCAACUAGUCAACGCAAACAAGAAAAAAAGACUUGCUGGAAAACAAACAACACAACUUCUCUACUAAUUUGUGUCUUGCAGUUUGAGGGGUUGAUAUUUAUGAAUUUCGCUGAAUGGCAGUAGCAUUCAUGCUGCCAAAAUUUUACUUUUUUUUCCCAUUUCCCACCCCAUCAGUUGCACAAGACACUAUUUCUGGUCAAGCAUCAGCGUUUUCACUCACAGGAGGAUGAAUUAUUCUCUCUGUUGUGUACAUAAUGCGUCAGAUUUUAGGAGAAAAAUCCCCUUUGAUAAAUGCACCAUUUUGUUUAGUUUACUAUAUAUUUACCUAUUUAUUUAGAGUGAGACUGUUUUAAGAACGUAGCGUCUGUUAUGGAGGGUUUUUUGUUGAUUUUGCAACCUGCCACACUGAGCCACCCCCAGUCUAUGGCUAUUUUCAUCAAUUAUGCAAUUUUGCAGUGAUUAAAGAGAUGGAAAUACAGACACUGGCUCCCAUUUCCCUGCAGAGAAAGUGUUCCUUCUCUCCCUUGGGGGGGACAAACUUUAUCACCCAGCGCUGCCUUAACUUUUGACUGCCAGCGAAAGGUUAUCCUCAAUACGGACUGCUUAUAUAAAACUGAAGGCUUGUUUAAAAUCUAGAAAGAAAAGAAAAAAAAACUAUUGUGGACAAACCAAAGAGAAUACACCAAUAAAUAUAUAUUUUUAAUGAACAUACAUUUUUACUUGUGUAAAUAUAAACUGUUUGUCCUUUGCUUGGGAAAAGUCCAUACGUCUUUGAACACUGCACGUGUACAGAGAAAAUGCAUUCACCUUGCCUAUGGUAGAGGCGGUGUGUUGAUAUUGUACAGUAGCGCUUCAAAAUAGGCAUUUUUCACACAAGACAUUUUGACAUGUCACAGAAGGAAAUACACAGAUAUAAAAAAAUAAUUAAUAGUGGCUGAAUUCCAUUUAGCUGCUUCAGUUUCAGGGUCCUGGUAUUGAGCAUGCCGGUUUACUGGGACGCUUGAAAAGAAUGGAGCCAUUGUUAAUGAUACUAGUAAGACCAUUGCUUUUCCUACUAUAACAAGUCAAAAUGCCUGCUGUGGUAAAGGCCUAUACCACCCACAAAAUGAUCAGCUGAUCAAGUGACUUAAUAACGUUUUAAUAGCUAUUUCUAUGCCUAGAAUGGACUUAAUUUGAAUAAUAGGUAUGCAGUGGCACUCACUUUAAGUCAAUGAAUUUUGUGAAAAGAAGUAAUAAACCUCAUUGUGGACAUGUGUGA